CGAAUCUCCGAGCAAACCUGCCCGCACGAAACGCUUAUCGCCCAGACCCAGAAGCAGCAGGCCGGCUCCGCGAACCCGCAACAGAUCCAACUCCCAGCUCGCACUCCCUCCGUCCUCAUCCCCUCCGGCGACUCUCGCGCGCGGCACGGCCUGCGACUAAGAUGGAUUGGCAGGGGCAGAAGAGCGCCGAGAUGCUGAUGCAGGUACUGCUGGUGGCGUCGGCCGUGGCGGCGUUCCUGGUCGGGUACGCCAUGGCGGACUUCCAGCUCAUGCUGCUCGUCUACGCCGGUGGGGUCGUGCUCACGGCGCUCGUCACCGUGCCCAACUGGCCCUUCUUCAACCGGCACCCGCUCAAGUGGCUCGACCCCGCGGAGGCUGACCGCCACCCCCGUCCUAUAGUCAUCAGCGCGGCCGCGUUGACCGCGGUUAAGAAGAAGAUCGGGAAGAAUAAGUAAUCCAGAGGAAGAGUUGUUAUUGAUCGAAAUGCCGUGAACAUGUUCUACUAUAUCAAUUGCAGAACUUCUGAUUAUGAGAUGUUAGAUAUGGCAUGGCUUUCUUGUUGCUGAUAAUUAGCUUGCUUGCUGGUAUCAAAUAUCUGCUUGGUGGUCCGGAAAUCGGUAUAAUGAUUACAGAGGGUGAAAUAUUGAACUAACUUCACAAAAUAGUUUGGCCUUGAUAUUGAAAGUGAUAAAGAUGCCUGCCAAUGAGUGUUCACUGCA